GGGGAGGAACCGUUCUGCUUGUGGGACGUUUCCGGGUGGUUGACAUUUCAUUAAACUCCCCGAGAUGAUUCGGAACGGACACGGUGACCCCGCCCCGCAGGAGACGGCAUCCCGGAGGCCCGUACGGGUGUGGUGCGAUGGCUGCUAUGACAUGGUACAUUAUGGGCACUCCAACCAGCUGCGCCAGGCACGGGCUAUGGGCGACUACCUGAUUGCCGGGGUGCACACAGACGAGGAGAUCUCCCGCCACAAGGGCCCACCCGUCUUCACGCAGGAGGAACGCUACAAGAUGGUGCAAGCCAUUAAGUGGGUGGAUGAGAUUGUCUGCGCCGCCCCCUACGUCACCACCUUGGAGACCCUGGACAAGUAUAACUGUGACUUCUGCGUCCAUGGAAAUGACAUCACCCUGACGGUGGAUGGGAAGGACACGUACGAAGAGGUGAAGGACGCUGGAAGAUACAGGGAAUGCCAGCGCACACAGGGGGUGUCCACUACCGACCUGGUGGGACGUAUGCUGCUCAUGACGAAAGCCCACCACAGUGUAGUGAGCAAUCAAGCUACUGAAGAUUUCAAGCUUCACCAAGACAACUUUGGUAAGGAUGCCAGGGGCAGCAGUCCGUACACAGGAGUCUCCCAGUUCCUUCAGACGUCCCAGAAGAUCAUGCAGUUUGCCUCGGGGAAGGAACCGGCACCAGGAGACACCAUUAUAUACGUCGCUGGAGCUUUCGAUCUCUUCCAUAUCGGUCACAUAGAUUUUCUGGAGACGGUCCACAGCUUAGCGGAGAAGCCGUACGUCAUUGUGGGAUUGCAUUUCGACCAGGAAGUAAAUCACUACAAGAGGAAGAACUACCCCAUCAUGAACAUCCACGAGAGGACUCUCGGCGUUUUGGCCUGCAGGUACGUUUCCGAAGUUGUUAUCGGAGCGCCAUAUUCCGUCACUUCUGAUCUUCUGGAUCAUUUCAAGGUUGACCUUGUUUGUCAUGGCAAGACCGACGUUCUUCCAGACAAGGAUGGAUCUGACCCUUAUGCAGAGCCGAAGCGCAGAGGAAUUUUCCGAACAGUCGACAGCGGGAACAACCUCACAACAGAUGAUAUUGUGCAGAGGAUCAUAAAAAACAGGUUGGAGUAUGAAGCCCGGAAUCAGAAGAAGGAAGCAAAGGAGCUGGCAGUCGUGGAAGCACAGCAGAGGCGAGAGAGAAUCAUAGAGGGCAAAGAAAACUGAGCGUCUGCUCCUCGUACUCACACUGCUAUCCUCCUCUGUACUACAACCUGCACUCAUCCAUCAUACACACGGAGUCCUCUCAUCUGCGUUAUACCAGUCAUGUCCAGCAGAUGGCAUGCAAGCCUUAAAGGGGUUUUCGGGAUUAUCAUAUUGAUGACCUAUCCACAGGACAACGGUGGAGGUCUGACUCCCGGGACCCCCUCCGAUCAGCUGUAUGAAGAGUUCACAGCGUUCCAUGAGCCCUUAGGCCUCUUCCUAGGCUAGUGGCGUCCCGUACAUUGGUCACAUGGCCUACACUCAGCCCCAUUCAAGUGAAUGCAGCUGAGCUGCAAUUCCAAGCACAGCCGCUAUACAAUGUACGGCGCUGUGCUUGGCGAGCUGCAUGGAGGCUACGGCGCUCACAAGAGCAUGGCGCCCUCCACAAACAGCUGAUUGGCAGGGGUGCCAGGAGUCGGGCAUCUCAUAUUGAUGACCUAGCCUGAGGAUAGGUCAUCAGCUUGUAAAUCCCUUUUAACAAUUAUAGGCUAGGGUUCUCCCUAACAUGCUGGCACUGCCACUUCUAACUACAUUGGCAUCUUAAAAACAAGAUUUUUUUAGGUAAUUUAUUAAAAUCAUGAGAAAAUUCCUUUUAUCUAAAGCUGCAGAGAGAGCUUUCUUUUUAACUAUAGGAAUUGGCCUCUUAUCUUUUUAAUACUGUGCGGUGCCACUGGCAUUUCACAGGGACAAGAUUGGCAUGUCUAAGGGCACAGCACUGCUCGUCUGGAAGAAUUCAGCGUGACCGGUCCCCUGUAAGGUCUAAUGCGCACAACUAAAAAUGAAUUUUUUUCUUGAAGUUCUGAUGGUUCUAUUUUGCGAUGCUAGGAUCAGAAUAAUACUGAAGGAGGAUUACACGGCACUGCUCCUAUGAGUCCUGUUUUAGAGAGAGGAGCAGUGUCUUCUGUGUCCCUAAAGCUGGCCAUAGACGUUAGAUAAUUCCUAAUUAUCCCCAAUCCUGGGUCCUGUUUCCCCCAUGUGAAUGGAGCGGUGGUCCAGCAUGCAUACUGCUGCCCCAUGCAGGCUCUAGUGGACUGACGGAGAUGGCUGUUUGUGGCAGUCCCAUAGACCUUCAGUGUGGUGGCAACGUGCUCCAUUCAGAGGACAUGGAAUCAUGAUUGGUGAGGGUACCAGCAGCUGGAGCCCCACCAAUCAGACACAUUACCUAACCCGUGUACUGGUGAUAAGGUUCAGUCAAGGGCCAACAUAUCAUACAUAAUCCAUAGGAACUUCCUGAUAUAAUGUAUUAUUCCACUGUACGUAUAGCUGAUGGUUAUGAAGGAAGAAAAGCCCCCCAGCAUCCUAAACACUGGUGAGGCUCCACCACCCCGUCUAUACAUAGCUCAGAUCCUGCUAACGACUCUACUCCUAGGACAGUGGUU